AGUCGUUUCGGCUCGGGGCACGAGGGCCUCCGCCCACGCCGCGCGAGAGCGAGGCCGCUUCGGACCAGCGCGGGAGCACCGCCCCAGCGGGCGCGCCCGGCGCACCAUGGCCGAGGCGAGGGCUCCCGAGUUCCUGAGCUUCAACAGCAAGAUCUCGCCCGACAUCGGCUCCUUCCAGCAGCCCAGCGCGUCAGAGCUCGAGGAGAUGAAGAGCAAGGACCCGCCCCUGAGGUACACCUGGACCAUCUGGGAGCAGGUCGCGCAGAACCCCGGCGAGAAGCAGCCCAAGGAGUAUUCCGAUGCCACGCACCGCGUCGCGUCCUUCUCCACGGUGAAGGGUUUCUGGAAGUAUUGGAACCACCUGCCGCAGCCCAGCGAGCUCCUCGACGGGAAGAAGUUUGUGCGGGAAGUAGACGGCUCGCGCAGCAUCGUCGACGCCUUGAUGGUCUUCCGCGAAGGCAUCAAGCCCGAGUGGGAAGAUCCGGUCAACGCCAGUGGCGGGCAUUUCCAAUUCCAGUUGCCUGCUUCGCUCGGCGGAGGCCCAGUAGACGAGAAGUGGAACAACAUUGUGCUCGGGCUGGUCGGCGGGUCCAUCGAGCCUGCCGAGAUGAUCACCGGGGUCCGCCUGGUGGACAAGAUCGUGCUGAAGAGCCGCAAUCCUGCAGUGCGCAUCGAGGUGUGGUUCUCGAACAUGGACGACGCAGAUAAGGUCGACCUCCUGGAGAGCAACCUGCAGAAGUGCAUGGCGGCUCGUCUGGAUGGCACGUGCGGCCAGCCCGAUUGGGGCAAGAUCGAGCGGAAGCCGCACGGCAGCCAGAAGAAGUGAGGGGCUCGAGCGGGCACCGCGUCAGCGGUUGCCGAAAAAGAGGAGAGGGUUGGGGGUGCCAGAGGCAGCC